AUGAGUCCGUUUCGUCAAUUGGAUAUGAUUUUCGAUCUGUUGGGUUCACCGACUCCCGUGGAUUUGGUCGAUCUUGUCGGUUGUCCGUCAUUGAGCAUCGAAUUUCUACUCAGUCGUCCUGUACGUCCUACCAAUCACGCUGCUUUGGUCAACCUCGUGCGACCGGCCGGACGUCCUCCACUCCCGCCAAAUUCGACCCCGUUCGAUCAACCGGCGGAUCCAGACCUGUUAGGUUUACUCUUGGGUCUGCUCAAAUUCAGUCCGUCCAAACGCGUCACAGCCGAAGAUGCUUUGAAGUCCCCUUUCGUUGCCGCUGGAAGAGCUCGAUUUCACAGUUGUAUGUGCUCCUGUUGCCCACACACGCUUUGUUCGCCCGGAGGACCACCGGUCGCCUACACACCGACUACAACUAGGCCGUUUCUUUCGACAGCUGCUGGUCCAGUUUGGAUGGACUUAAUACCUGCAUGUGGUGGUACCCUCGGUACCGGAGCUCUAAAUUCCGCCAACACUUUAUCCUCCUCGUCCCCGUGCACUCCACCCUCCCCGUACACUCCGCCCCAUUUGGCCGGUCCAGUCGAUCUGAUGCUGGGGUUGCAUCCGUUUGCCCUACGACCUGCAGGAUUUUCUCCCCAAACGCUGACUAUUCCACCUCCACUUCUCAUCCCUUCACCCCAGAUCGAUUUAGAACCGGUCUAUGUAGAUGUGCGUGGAGCGCGGACGUUGAACACUGAAGUUCGGAUGGACAAUCUGGAUGAGGCAAAACGUAAGUCAGAAUCAGUGUGUGUAUGCUCCGGUAUUCUGUGCAAUCUUUCAUUUCUCGUCGUUCAAACUUCACGUAAUUAG